UGCCACCUGUCCAUGCCCAUCAGUGCAACAUAUCAGUGCCUACCAGUGCACAUCAAUGCCACAUAUCAGUGCCCAUCUGAGCUGCCUUUCAGUGUCACCCAUCAGUGCCAGUCAGUGCUAUCUAUCAAUGCCAAUCAGUGCUGCCAAUCAGUGCCACCUAUCAGUGCCAUGCGCAUCAGUGCUGCCUAUCAGUGCAGUCAGUGCUGCCUAUCAGUGCCAGUCAGUGCCGCCUAUCAGUGCUGCCUUUCAGUGCCCGUCAGUGAUGCUUGUCAAUGCCCAUCAGUGCCACCU